CCGAGCGCGCCGGGCAGGUUCCGUGCGGGCAGAGCGCGCGGGGGGAAGCGCCGCUAGACUGAACUCCAUCCAGCCGGAGCCGGAGCCGGAGCCGGAGCAAGAGCGCGGCGCUGCGCCGGCGGGACCUGCGGCGGCGGAGGAGCGAAGCUGGGGCGGGAUGGCCCACGGCCCGGCGCGCUCUUCUGCUCCGCCGAGAGCCCUGCCCGCGGCCCGGGAUCACAAGAUCUCUGGACUGCAAGCCUGCACUGUCUUGAGAGGGAGAUGACUUGAGUGGACGGCUUUUAUCUCCACAACAAUGUCCAUGAACAAUUCCAAACAGCCAGUGUCUCCUGCAGCUGGGCUCCUGUCAAAUACGACUUGCCAGACAGAAAAAGGGACUUCAAUAUCUUUUUCAAUAAUCUUCAUGACAGUGGGAAUAUUAUCAAACAGCCUUGCCAUCGCGAUUCUCAUGAAGGCAUACCAGAGAUUUAGACAGAAAUACAAGGCAUCGUUUUUGCUUUUGGCUAGUGCUCUGGUAAUCACAGAUUUUUUUGGCCACCUCAUCAAUGGAGCUAUAGCAGUCUUUGUAUAUGCUUCUGAUAAAGACUGGAUCCACUUUGACCAAUCAAACGUCCUUUGCAGUAUUUUUGGUAUCUGCCUGGUAUUUUCUGGUCUGUGCCCACUUUUUCUAGGCAGUGUGAUGGCCAUUGAGCGAUGUAUUGGUGUCACCAAACCAAUAUUUCACUCUACGAAACUUACAUCCAAACAUGUUAAAAUGAUGUUGAGUGGCGUGUGCUUUUUUGCCGUUUUCAUCGCUUUGCUACCCAUCCUUGGGCAUCGUGACUAUAAAAUUCAGGCGUCAAGGACGUGGUGUUUCUACAAAACAGAGCACAUCAAAGACUGGGAAGAUAGGUUUUAUCUUCUACUCUUUUCUUUUCUGGGGCUCCUAGCCCUUGGUAUUUCACUCUUGUGCAAUGCCAUCACAGGCAUUUCACUUUUAAGAGUUACAUUUAAAAGUCAGCAGCACAGACAAGGCAAGUCUCAUCACUUUGAAAUGGUCAUCCAGCUCCUCGCUAUCAUGUGUGUCUCCUGUGUUUGCUGGAGUCCGUUUCUGAUGACAAUGGCCAACAUUGGAAUAAACGGAAAUGGUUUUCAGCAGGCCUGUGAAGCAAUCCUUUUUACUCUUCGAAUGGCAACGUGGAAUCAAAUCUUAGAUCCCUGGGUGUAUAUUCUUCUGCGGAAGGCUGUCCUCAAGAACCUCUACAAGCUCGCCAGGCGCUGCUGUGGGGUGAACGUCAUCAGCCUGCAUGUUUGGGAGCUUAGCUCCAUUAAAAAUUCCCUGAAGGUUGCUGCUGUUUCUGAGUCUCCCAUCGCAGAGAAAGGAGCUCAGCAAGUGCCCGGUUCAGUGGGACAAUAAGUCAGCAUGGAUCUAGGACAGAGUUAGGAACAGUUUUGGCAGUAUCUCAGUUAAUUAUAUAAAUAUGUAAAGCCCAACUGGAAAAAUCAGCCCUCAACAGGCAGUUGGGGGGCACGUUUGUCAGAUUUGGCUUUUGACAUUUGUUCAAUUAACUGUAUAGUUGCACAUCUUUCCAUGUUUUUGUCAACUGUAAAUGUGAUGAAUAAUGCCAUGGGAGUCAAACUGAAAGCAAUAUUGGGCUUAUCUGUGGUGUUGAUACUUUUGGAGUGAGUGACUCUCUGGAACCCUGUAGCAUGUACGUGGCCUGUUUGCCAAGUCACAUCACAGGGAUUCACUGUGGCUUCUUAUAAUGACCUCAAUAUACGUGAGGUGUGGCUGUCAGCUUGCCUGACCUUGGAAGCCUGGUUAGAAUAAGCCCAUUCUUGUCAUAUUUGACAGAUCUGACUGCCUUCACUUAUUAUUAUGAAGGUCAAUUGCUGUUUGAAGAUAUUCUUUUUGUCAUAGAUUUGUGCAGUUUCCUAGUCACCACCCUUGCCUCUGAAAAUUCUAGUGCAUAGUCAAUAAUUUUUAGAGAAACAAAGGAUCUGUCAGCACGUGUAUAGGUGACUUGCAUUACAUGAUGGUUCCUGAGAAGCUCUGCUGUAGAUGAUGCAAACAAGCAGGACUUAUGUCCCAAGUGACAGGUGCGUAGAAUGUUGGCAAAGGCGCUGUACCUUGAGCUGUCAUUUCUGUGUCAGAGAGCAAAAGAAACACAACCUCUAGAGUAUGAUAUUCAAAGACUACCAUGCAGCUAGUGUGUUUCUGCUUUCCACUUACACACACACACACACACACACACAGAGUAUAUGAGAAAUUUCAGUUGAAAGAGGUCUCAUUAAAUCUGUAAGAUGGCAUCUUCUAAAAAGCCUAGACUACAAGUGUCAAGGGGAGAGCUGGCAAUUAGCCAGGCAUUUGGAGACCCUGAUAAUGGGGAACCAAGAGAUCAAGGGAUACAGUUCUCUCCCCAUUUCCCCAUACUACUUUAAACGUUUUCUUUGCUUGUUUGUAUAAUUUAACCCAAAGAGUUUUCAUAAUCAUCCCAAAUGUCCUGAGUCUAUCAGAGCAUAGGGUAGCUAGUUCUGCCUUAUAGUAGUGAAAUUGCAUUUCUGUAAAAAAGAGUUCUUUGCCUUUGUUAACUGGUGUCUUUAAAAAUUACUCUUACCCUGGAGACUGAUGGUAGAUCCUCUAGGAAAUCUGUGCAGUUCAAUUAGGCUUAAAUUAGUAUUUUCACAAAUUUUUGCUUUUGACUGGUAAUUUACAUCGGAUGUCUUUGUUAACUUUGGUGAAUUUUGAUAAAUUCUUAGGAAUAAAUGAAAAGAAACUCAGCAAAUAGCCUCACUGAAGAUUUAAAGACAACUAUUAUUUUCUAGUGAAUUUAAAGUAGGGCAACAGACAUAUCCACACACUGGCAUGGGAUAUUCUUUGUGUAUGACCGGUGAAUGAUUAAUCACACACAUUUAGACCAUUCUCAUGUAUAGAGCACAUAGUAGAUGCUCGAUAGUUGCAAAAUUGAAUCACUGGCAAGAAUUUCUUGGUGCAAAAUGAGCAUGGAUGUGCAAAAAAGUUUUUGUACAUUUUUAAUUUAAACUGACAAUUACAUAUUGGGUUAUUUUGAGGUACAUGUAUAUUACCAGUGUAUAUGCUUUUAAAAAAGCCACUGCAAUUCGUGAUUGCUGUUAUAUUACAUAAAGGUUCUCAUGUGUUUUAGGAACACUUAAAGUCUAAAAGAACUUUCAGGUGGUUUAGAGGAGAUAUUUAUUUCCCAUAGUUGCUUGAGAGAGUGUUGGCGUUGUAUAAACUGAGGCACAAAGAACUGAAGCUCCGUUCUUUCUCCCAUCGCCGGAUAGGAUGUAAACACUCCCGUGGGUCCUGAUCAGGGAGAGCCAUGGAGGAGAAACCCUCAUCCAGGGUUUUAGACCUCUUCUUCUUGAGGCUUCUAAUCAAAUGACAGAAUUGUUGCUCUGUUGCCAUGAUGUCACCCUGGGACUGUGUAUCUGUGUUGAGAUAUUGUGACACGACCAUGUGUGGGAAUGUAUGAGCUUAGCAUGCAAGAUCUGGGGGCAUGGCAGGGUGGUGAGUCUCUGUGUAUCCUGGAAGGGUUAUGUACAUUCUCUGAGCAAAGGUUUAGGGCAACUAAAUUGGUUUUAUGAUGAUGUGAAUCCCAAGAAGAAGACACUGAAAAUUGAUAAAAAAAAUUUGUAAAAGAAUGUACGUUUACAUUGUUUUAGGCUUUUUGCCCCAGGAAGAUGAAACAAAGUGAACCUAACUAUACGCAUAGCUGACUGCAGAAUUGUAUUUGUGUUAUUAUAUGCAUUUUAGUGUAGUUUGGCCAUUCAGUGUAUAAUGAAUAAUAAAGUGGAACAUCCACCAACAAUUUUCAUAUAAAUGUUGAAAGUGAAAGUACAUUUGUUCAAAUUACUGGAAAUAAAUAGUACAAAUAGUGUUUAGCAAGUCUACCAAUUUUGAAGAUUUAUGCUCAUUUUCAAAUGUAUCAUUAGAACAUAGGAGUAACUGAAUUUCCCUUCUCAUUGGAUAAAGUAGUAUCUAGGCAACUUCACACACAAUUUGAUCACAUUGUUUCUGGAGAAUUAUGUUACUCUAGGCAAAAUACUUGAAAAUGCCAAUUUUUAAAUGAUGUUAGCAAACAUUAAAAUAAAUGGGACCAAAAAACCAAUAGCACAUGGGUCUUUAAAGUUAUGAAUAUAGAGACAGGUAAUACUGAUUCAUAAUUAGCUGCAGAUGUAUCCCAAAAUAUCAGACUUUUUACUGAUGGAUUUAACUAAGUGAUAGAAAUACAUUCUCGGAACAUUUUUUUUUUUU